AUGGGCAUCGAGAACAUCUGCGAGCUGGCCGCCCGCCUGCUCUUCAGCGCCGUCGAGUGGGCCCGCAACAUCCCCUUCUUCCCCGACCUGCAGAUCACCGACCAGGUGGCCUUGCUGCGGCUCACUUGGAGCGAGCUCUUCGUGCUCAACGCGGCGCAGUGCUCCAUGCCCCUGCACGUCGCCCCUCUGCUAGCCGCCGCCGGCCUGCACGCCUCGCCCAUGUCCGCCGACCGGGUGGUGGCCUUCAUGGACCACAUCCGCAUCUUCCAGGAGCAGGUGGAGAAGCUCAAGGCCCUGCACGUCGACUCGGCGGAGUACAGCUGCCUCAAAGCCAUCGUCCUCUUCACAUCAGAUGCCUGUGGCCUGUCAGAUGCUGCCCACAUCGAGAGCCUGCAGGAGAAAUCUCAGUGCGCCCUGGAGGAGUACGUGCGGAGCCAGUACCCCAACCAGCCUAGCCGCUUCGGGAAGCUGCUUCUGCGGCUGCCUUCCCUGCGCACCGUCUCGUCCUCAGUCAUCGAGCAGCUCUUCUUCGUCCGCUUGAAUUCAAUGGCAAGGAUUGGAGUCACUGUAUUCUACCAUCACUGUGCGGAGGUGUACAAUAUAAGGCAGACUGUAGUCAUUAUUCGUUUGUUACAGGCUUGGCGCAGCCGAUCCGAGGCGAGAGCAGCUCUAUACAGUCGGCUUCCCCAGGCAGAGAGGGUGGACCAGCCGUGCUCUCUACAGAGAGACAAGGGAAAGCAGAGCUUGAACUCGGCCGCUCAGCACUUGGAGAGACUGGAGUGAUCCUUCAGCAUUGUUUUGAUGGGAUGGGUGUGGGGUGGGAUGAGGAUGGUGGGGGAGAGGAUACAGCGUGGCUCUGAGCGAGGAGAUUUCGCUUCCUUCCAAUGAGAUGUAAAUAUAUUCAUUACAGUGUGAUCCCACUGAUGAAAACAGAGAAACUUUUUCGUAGGUCAGAAACGUAUUUUUCAAUUAAUUUUCCUAUUUAUGAAUAAUGAUAACCCAGCGAUUGCCAAGAACCACGCAGGGGUGCAGGCGGUGUGCGAGCUGCACUGAUUUCCAUGUAUGUGCCUAGCAAGAAGUGUUUCGUUCCCUUAUUAAACUUUGCUUAU